ACGCAGGGAGGAAAAGAAAAAGGAAGGUGCGUCUUGUGAUAUCUGUGCCGCCCCCACGACAGGACGCGAGGGCUUCUUCUUAAAGCAUCAGUGAAUCUAAACGAACCGAAAUUGUCGCCGCCAGCUGUUCAAGAUCUCGCCCCACUCUCCGGCUUGUGCGUUCCUCUAUUUCUCUCUCUAGAAUCUGGCGGUAGAAUUUGAGCAGAGAAAGAAGGAUGGCCAUUGAUAAGGGGAAGUUCCAUGAAGAAGAAGAAGCAGCAGCUGUUGCUCGUUUCCAUAAGAUUAUUUUGGGUUGGGACUAUAAACAGCUUUUAAAAGAGACUGAGAUGAAGAACAAGAAGGAUACUAAAGCCAAGUUGAGUGUUGUGAAGAAUACUUAUAAAGAUGUUGAUGAUUAUUUUGAGACCUUUGAGCCACUCCUCUUUGAGGAAGUUAAAGCUCAAAUCUUGCAGAAUCAAGAUCCUGAAGAAGAAGCAGCAUCGGGGUCUGAAUUGAGAUUGGUAAUGGAGUGCAGCGAGGCUGAUGGGUUUCACAUUCUACAAGUCACUGACGAACGCGAACGCCUGGAGGAUGAUAAAGUUACUAAAUAUAAGUCUCUUGGUCCAAAUGAUCUCUUAUUGCUAUCAAAAGAAGAGGUUAAAGGGAGUUCGUUUCCUUCAUCUUAUGGGUUUGCUAUUGUGGAAAACCGUCUAAGUAGUACUAGUCUUCGACUUCGGAUGUAUUUAGCUGAAGAGGUGGUGCAGAUAACCAAAAAAACGAAAUCCUCUAGAACAAAGCCCUUUAUCCAAUCUCUCUCAAAUAUUCGUUCUCUUAUUACAUCAUCUGCCAACCUCGUAGACAAAAGGGUGCACACUUUAAAGUUAUGUGGUUUGUCAACCAUUAUCAGGGAAUAUACAGCACUACGAUCGAUCUGUUCGCUUCCUUUCAAGGAUUUAAUCUUUACUGCAGCAGAAAAGUCUUGUGGUUAUGGAGAUGAUGCUUGGAAAAUAUCUGGACCUCUGCAUGAUUACUUUACCGAAAAUCUUAAUAAAUCUCAAAAGGAGGCAAUUGAUGUUGGUCUAUCAAGAAGAUCCUUUGUCUUGAUACAGGGUCCUCCAGGAACUGGGAAAACUCAGACGAUUCUUAGCAUUCUUGGUGCCGUUAUGCAUGCCACUCCAGCACGAGUUCAAUCUAAGGAGCAUGAGCUAAAGCGUCGAGUUCAGAUGAGUAUUGAGGAGAAAUAUAGUCACUGGGCAUUAGCUUCUCCUUGGAUUUUGGGUGUCAACCCACGAGAUGCUAUCAUGCCUGAAGAUGGUGAUGAUGGUUUUUUUCCGACCUCAGGAAAUGAUAUGAAACCAGAGGUGGUUAAUGCAAACCGGAAGUACAGGAUACGUGUACUUGUCUGUGCUCCAUCAAACUCUGCACUUGAUGAGAUUGUGUUACGUCUUCUGACUACGGGUCUGCGUGACGAAAACGCCCAGACAUACGCACCCAAGAUUGUACGAAUUGGUGUCAAGCCACAUCACUCCGUCAAGUCAGUAUGGCUUGAUCACCUCGUGGCACAAAGGCGUGGAUCAGCCAUUGAUAAACCAAAACAAGGAACCACAGGAACUGAUGAUGAUAGCAUCAAGACUUCAAUAUUGGACGAGGCUGCAAUUGUGUUUUCUACUCUUAGCUUCAGUGGGGCACCAGUUCUCGCUAAAUCAAACCGUGGUUUCGAUGUCGUUAUCAUAGAUGAAGCUGCACAGGCUGUUGAGCCGGCAACUCUUAUCCCCUUGGCCACUAGGUGCAAACAAGUAUUUCUGGUUGGGGAUCCAAAACAACUCCCAGCUACUGUAAUCUCAACUGUUGCUCAGGAUUCUGGCUACGGUACAAGCAUGUUCGAGAGACUUCAAAAGGCUGGCUAUCCGGUGAACAUGUUGAAAACCCAAUACCGGAUGCAUCCUGAGAUAAGAAGCUUUCCGUCAAAGGAAUUCUAUGAAGAGGCACUGGAAGAUGGAGCUGACAUUGAGGCUCAGACGACUCGUGACUGGCAUAAAUACCGUUGCUUUGGUCCGUUUUGCUUUUUUGAUAUACAUGAAGGGAAAGAGUCUCAACAUGGAGCAACUGGCUCUAAAGUAAACAUGGACGAGGUGGAGUUUGUUCUUCUCAUCUACCACAGGCUUGUUACCAUGUACCCGGAGCUCAAGUCAAGUUCUCAGCUAGCUAUUAUAUCUCCCUAUGGCUACCAAGUUAAAACUUUCAAAGACCGGUUUAAAGAGAUGUUUGGUUCAGAGUCAGAGGCAGAGAGAGUGGUUGAUAUCAACACUGUCGAUGGGUUCCAGGGAAGGGAGAAGGAUGUAGCAAUAUUCUCAUGCGUUAGAGCUAACGAUAAAGGAGGAAUUGGUUUUCUCUCUAACUCUCGGCGUAUGAAUGUGGGGAUUACACGAGCUAAGUCUUCUGUUUUGGUCGUUGGUUCAGCUGCAACAUUAAAGAGUGAUCCUCUCUGGAAAAAUCUUGUAGAAAGUGCUGAGAAGAGAAACCGAUUGUUCAAGGUAUCCAAGCCAAUGAUUGAUUUCUUCAGCGAGGAGAAUCUAGAGACGAUGAAAGUGACGGAGGACAUGGAUAUUCCUGACGGACCAGGGUUUGAAGAUGAAGCUCCUCCAGUUGCAAAUUUCGGUAGAGAUGAUGAUAAUGACUUUGGUGAUGGUGAUCAAGACGAUGCAGCAUUCGCUGAAGAUGACUAAAUCACAACCAAAAUCUUCUCGUUAUUAAUUAGAAGUAGAACUUAAGAAGUUAGAGGAUUACUUGUUUGAACAUUUAACAAUAUCCUGCUUUAGUUUUUUCAUGGUUUAUUUUUGGUUUAGAGGAUAACUAUUGGUAAGCUUAAGCAUCUUUCUCGCGCCACUUAGCACUCAUUGUCCGUCUAGUUUCCUCACUUUCACAUAUUACAUUUACAUACAUGCAUUCAGAUGUUAUUUUUCUUACC